AUGUGUUGGCCAGACCGUAUGGCCGCCGACGUGUUGGCACCAGGAUUUUGGGAGAUCGGAGCGUACAAGAACAAUGUGCGGAGAAUAAAGGAUGGAAUCGACGAGCUGGACGAUUUCACCAAAAUGGCUCGGGAGAGAGCUGACAUCGAAGCGAAAUACGGAAAGACAAUGCAACAAUUUGCUGAGAAAUGGAAAGCUCAUGUUGAUAGAGCUGUCCAGUCUGGAUGCAUCAAGAAAGCUUGGCUAGGCGUGCUAGAGGAAGCCGAAGCCAUCUCGGUCCAGCAUAACCGGGUAAAGGAUCGACUGAUGGAAGAGGUCCUCAAAACACUAGCAUUAUACCGGAAGGAGAAUUACCAUCCAUCAGCGUUUCGUGCGCCAAAAGAAAUCCGUGAAGCAGAAGAAGGCUUUGAAAGGGCUCAGCGAAAAUGGAAAAAACUCUACGAGAAACUGGAAUCCAGCAAGAAAGCUUACUAUACUGCAUGCCGCCAAGAAAAAUCCGCUCUGGUCAACUUGACAAAUAGCCAAGCGGACUCCUCGGUGUCUCAAGACGGAGCGCAAAAACUUCGCGACCGUCUAGAUAAAUGUCGGGAUGAUGUACAGAAAUGUAGAAGUGCUUAUGAAAAGAACAUAGCAGAAAUUACACAAUACAGGGCUCCAUACAUAGAAGACAUGACGUUCGAAUUCGAAAAGUGCCAGGCAAUGGAAAUGAAACGAAGCAGAUUCUUUGUGGAAAUGGUUUGCGCCACACAACAAGUGCUUGUCGAUCUAACUAGAAACAAUAAACUUGCUCAACUACACACAAACCUCGAAGAGGCGUUGCGAACUUGUGAUGAAAAUGCUCUGAUGGCAGAUAUACAAAACUGGUCAUCGGUCAAUGGCAAGGAUGCGCAUACCGAAUGGCCAGCUUUUGAGGAGUACACCGAGCAGAUACGAACAAUCGCAACAAGAGCCACUCAUAACAAUUCUAACUCUGUUGUAUUAACCAAGCAAAUAAUAAAAUCUGAUGAUGUGCCCGGCCCAGCUACUGCCACUGCCACAUCUGCCACUUAUAGUGAUAAUGGAAAGAGUAGUGAUUCGGAUACUAACACAUUUGAUAGUCGUAAAAAUACUAUACACAAGGACAAGGUGUCUCAAGAUCAUCAAGCACCUGACAGACAUUGGGAGAAUCGAGCUUCUCCAGAUUCGCCACCUCUAUCAACCACAACACCUGACUCAGCAAAAUACGGUGACUUUGAAGAACUUCACACAAAAUCCAUGGCAACUGUGCUGUAUGAUUACAGUCCAGUAGAAAAUGAUGAGAUACCAUUGCAGAAGGGUGAAACUAUCGAAGUCUUAAGCGAUGCCGACUCAUUGGGUUGGUGCACAGGACGUAAAAAUGGAGAGAUUGGUCUAUUCCCGGCGAGCUAUGUGCAAGUGAUGUGAUUACGGACAUAUUACCUUCAAUCUGAAAUUAUACAUAUAUAUGUAGUUUAUUGCAAUUUGCGCUGAGAGUCUGCUUUAUUUGAUACUGUUUCCUGUGUGGGCUUUUUGGGUACCAAGGGAGAUUUUUUGAUCGCACAUUGCCUGACAUGUUACCUGCUAUUAAAGUAAUUAUGAAACAAAAAUCAUUAGUUACGGAUUAUUGUAGAUGCUCCAGUAUCAUCGUAUGUAGCGCUGUUGAGUGGAUGGUUACCUAGAAGCCUUCAUUCCAAUUUCUCUCAAAAAGAAAACUGCUGUAUUUUCCCUUGAUAUCCAUAUAUCUUGUAUGUGUCAUUCUUUCUUGUCACAGUAAAUAAUUUAUUUUUCGC